GCAGUCUUCCAGCUGAUAAUUUAUUGCAGGACAGUGUUUUUUAUUCUCUUCUGGGUUGAGUGUAGAUAAUGGGAUGCUGGAAUUUAAAAUCGCUGUGGAUCUGAAUUUUGUGCCUUGAAUUUUGUAUUAUCAUCGGAUACUCCAUUGUUCUGACAGUUGUCAAAAUCUAAAUUGUGUUUCCCGCUCUAUGUUCAUGUAAACACAUUAAUAUGGCAGCAAGCCUUCCGUAUGAAAUUUCGAAGUUCAGAAAUCAUUGCCGACAGCUCAGGCGUAUAUUACGCGACACAAAACAAUCUCUUGAAGACAUAGAGAAAAGUGGAUACUUUAAUGAAGAACAGAUACUAAGUAUCCAGUUAAAACUUGAAGCUGAGCAAGCAGUAAAUGAUAUCAUCUACAGUGCAAUUGGCAUUACUAUCCUAGGACAAGACUGUUGGGCAAAGGCAGCUAUAGCAAAUGAAUUAUUUGGACAGAAAAUACUGCCCACUGAGCCUCAUGAUGCUGAAAGUGAAAAUCCCAAAUUAUCUUGGCGUAUGGUACGAUUUAUGUAUGGAGUCCAGACACAAGUUACCUUAGCUCUUCCUAAUAGUUAUGAACUGUUAGAACAUCUUGUUUCUCAUGACCAACAAUGGCAUACUGUUCCAAUUGAGGAUCUUGCACUGAAAGGUAAAGAUUCUGAGGAUCCAGCCUUUGAAACUGCUGUUCUUGAUAUCAAAUUAAGGCAUCAGUUGCUAAGAGAUGAUGUUGUGGUAAUGGUUUCACCUACAAAUGUGAAUGCAAGUUUUGAACAGAUCAUGGCUGUCUGCAUGGAAGGUUACACACCAAUUGUGAUAUAUGCUGUUGCAAAUAAUACUCUGUCACAAAAAGAAGUUACAGAACUUAUGGAAUUGAAGAAAAAAUAUCCAAAGCUACCCAUAUUCUUUAUUUGUGUUCCUCCACCAGCUUCUGAACUCACAGAAUCAGAGCAGCAUGCACGAAAUAUAACUUUAUAUGGGCGAAGGCCAAUGUUCAAACCACAUUCUUAUCAUGAGACUUCUCCUAUUUAUCAAAAUACUGUUCUGAAGCGAAGAGAAUCUCUUGAUUCUAAGUUAAGUUCAACAUCUUUAACUCUAUGCCAACAGUUAUGCGGGUUAGGAUUUUUAAACAUGUUAUCUCCAAACUUGAAAAAGAAAUUGUGCAGGCAGCAGAGUGGGGCAAUUGAAGUUGAAAGCAAGUUGAUAGAAGAUUUUGAUAACUUUUCAAGCAUUUUGCUUCAUAUACGUCAAAUUCUACAAGCAGAAUUAGUACAGGUUGCAACAACACUGAAUGAAGCUCACAAUACAUGCUUGCGCAUGUUUAUUUUAAGUGCUUUUGAUAUGACAUGGGACAUGUUAAUUACUCCUAAAAGAAUUGCUUACGCUAGGCAACGUGAAACUGAGCUUUAUGAAUCUUUAAUGUCUAUUGCGAACUGUAAACAGGAAGAGAUAAGGCAGCUUAUAGUUGAAUCAAUUGAUGGUAUGACAGAGGAAUUAUUGGCUAAAGCUUCAGAAUACGAAUUUCAAGGUGUUCAGUUAUCAAAUGAAGGUGAACCUCCAUCAGCAAGAGAACUUCAGAUCUGUACAACAGAAAUUCAAGCCUUAGUUCUGAAUUCCUUGAAUAGUGCUGUUGCUGGGAAACUUAUUGGUUCUGUAGAUUAUUUAAGAGAAAGCUUUGGUGGAACUCUUGAGCGUUGUUUAAUUAGUUUAGAAAAUCAAAAAGAAGGCUCAGAGCCAUCCCAAGCUAGCAAUGCAUUAAAACAAAUAUUAAAUGCUGCAUAUCAGGUUGAAGUCACAGUGCGAACAAGUUCUUCAUUGUUACGAGUACUAUUUGAAAAAAUGAAACAGAAAGUUUCUGCUCUUCAGUGCUCUAAAGAUUCCCCCAAACAGCCCAACAAACUAUGGGGUUAUGAUAUUCAUACACUGAAGAUUAUGUCUGAAUACCCAUUUUUAAAGAAAUCUACAUCUGACAAUUUCUUAUCUUUGGUAAGGCAAUAUGAGGCUAUUAAAUCUCUUAGGGUUACACUUAUGCACAAAAUUAGACAAAUAAGAUACUAUAAAUAAUAUAGGUAAUAUAAA